CAGCCAUUCAUGAGAAGAUGGUGUUUCCACUUACCUUGGCUCCUUCCUGAACACUGACUGGGGGUAUGUCAUUGCAGGCUGGGAGUUCUCCUUCAGCAUCAGCUCCAGUGUCUGCCUUCUCUCGCACUUCUGUCACACCAUCCAACCAGGACAUCUGCAGGAUAUGCCACUGUGAAGGUGAUGAUGAGAGCCCCCUGAUCACCCCCUGCCACUGCACAGGAAGCCUCCACUUUGUGCACCAGGCCUGCCUGCAGCAGUGGAUCAAGAGCUCUGACACGCGCUGCUGUGAGCUCUGCAAGUACGAGUUCAUCAUGGAGACCAAGCUGAAACCUUUGAGAAAAUGGGAGAAGUUGCAGAUGACGGCCAGCGAGCGCAGGAAGAUCACAUACUCAGUGAUGUUUCAUGUCAUCGCCAUCACCUGUGUAGUCUGGUCCUUAUAUGUGCUCAUCGACCGUACUGCUGAGGAGAUCAAGCAGGGGCAGGGAACAGGAAUCCUAGAGUGGCCCUUUUGGACUAAAUUGGUGGUAGUGGCCAUUGGCUUCACUGGAGGACUUCUUUUUAUGUACAUUCAAUGUAAAGUAUACCUGCAAUUGUGGAAGAGACUCAAGGCUUAUAAUAGAGUGAUCUAUGUUCAAAACUGUCCAGAAACAAGCAAAAAGAAUAUUUUUGAAAAAUCUGCACUAACAGAGCCCAGUUUUGAAAAUAAAGAUGGACAUGGAGUCUGUUAUUCGGACACAAACUCUUCUUCUUGCACAGAGCCUGAAGACACUGGAGCAGAAAUCAUUCACGUCUGAUGGUGUGGAGGGUAUUGUUUUUGUGGACAUCUAUGAAGAGCUAAAGGAAUUUGUUUACUGCCAAUUGUGUACCUUUCUAAGUCCUUUAAAUAGUAUAGACUUGGCAGGUGACCAUUGCCUCUCUUUUUUGAACCCUUCUUGACAAAUCUCCUGGAAAGCCCUCCUGUGUGUCAGGCAUGGGUGAAUCCCACUUCUGCCUGGCCAUUCUAUAUGAUUUAAAGGGAGGAGGAGACCCCAUGCAGCCAUCAUGGGGAGCUGGCUGAGUUCUGAAUCAAGAUCUUGAGAAGAAUGAGGUAAUACAAUGCCAAACCAGAAGGGAGAGCAGGAGCAGAAGUGGGGGACAGCCCUGAUAAUGAAGCUGUCCCUGUCCCAGAGCCAAGCAUUGGGAAUGUCUGGCAGUAAUGAGAGAAUUCCCUUCUCACUAAAGAGGGCUGAGGAGAUGGAAUGGAAAUAGUCUUUAUAGGCAAUAACUCCCACCCUCCUUCUACUGAUGCUGCCACAUUGGCCCUUAAGCAGAUGAAGCUGUGGUGCCGUGUCUCUGGUGGUGCAUGAUUUACUGAGCAAACAGCACUUUACAGAAGAGAGUAUUUUGUAAUAUGUGUCUAGUGGGAAUGACACUUAAAAUUGGGUGUUGCAUUUAGAAACCUCUUGUUAUCUCUUUUACAUAAAAAUAGAUCUGAAACCUUUUUUGCCUUAUAUAUUCUAACAAAUGUGGCGUCCUCUUUAAGUCUGAAAACACUUAUGACUUGACAAGAGGGAAGACCAGGUCUGAGACUUUGUCGUAACAGAGUUCAUGGGAACUCAUGGAUGCUAAAAGUCAGGUUGCAUAUUUCCUAUAGUUUUGAGCCUGUUUUAUGACAAGUCCUUAUUUUUCAUAGGCCUGCCCUGUACAUAUCUUUCUUUGUCUACACUGAAAAAGAAGGGUUUUGAGAUACAAAUGGAAGGAAAGGAAGUACUUAGAACAAAACUGAGUAUUUAAAAAAUGAUUACCAAUAGAUUUCUCCAGUUUGGUGCCGGCUUUAUGCUGAAAGAGCAGACACAUAUUGUCUAGUCUGGAUGUGUGUGCUGUAGGUGCUCCUGUCACCUGUCUGAUGUGCUGGCUCCUGCUGGGGAAGUUCCAUGGAGCCAUUGCUAAGAGCCGAAAGGCAGGUGACUGGCUCUGGGAGGAAGGCCAGGUGUGAGCAGCAAAGUGCAUGGGCCACUAUGUUACUGCUUCCCAGCCAACAUCCACCCAUCAUUGCCUUAACCAGACCGAACAGACAGGAUCCUUUAGGAGCCCUUGGCCCUGCAAUUGGUCUGUUCUAUCAUCAGGGAUUACCUUUUGAACCAUUUUUCAUAAGACAGACAAAACCAAAUUCAACACUAUCAAAUGACCUUUGUCCCCCUAAAACGUCUGCUUAUAAUUCUGUUCUUGAAGCCCAGUUUCAUAGUGCUAGGCAAAUAGUCAACUCUGGGAGUUGGCCAGGACAUGAGUGCUCAGAUGUUCAACCAGGGAAUUGUCAUCCAGCUGCUAGCACCUGCAGAGCCUCCUGAAAUGGGGCAGGGUGAUACCUGGGGAGUCCUGCCUGGAGUCUCCCUGAGCCUUAGGUGCCUCAACUGACCUGUUAGAAGGAUUAAGCAGUGGUGUGGGGAGAUAUCUCAGUGAUUAGAGCACUUGCCUAGAAUAUUUGAGGACCUGAGUUUGAUCCCUAGUCCUGCACAUCCCCUACCCCCCCAAAAAAAAGAUAAAGCAAAUACAAAUAUUCAGAGUAGAAACCCUGCAACUGGUAUUGAAGGUUGGGAAGAGGAUACAGGGUCUCUGUUCCCUGGGUGAGAGAUCCUGGGAGUAAGCCUUCUCUUGCUGUUUCUGUGUCUUGCUGACUGGGAUCACAGUUCUGGUCUGUGGAGUUGCCUCACCAUGACCUUCCUCUCAUUGUCCAGAGAACUGAACUGAGGUCAGUCUGCCCUCUCUUGUCUCCCAGGCCAUAUCUAGUCCAUGCCUGUGCCCACUGUGCCCCAAAGUGCAAUUACCCACAUCCCUUCUCAGUCUGCAGACACCAGGCGCUGUAGACUACCCGCCAGAGGAGCUGAACCUCAGCUCAGCCCUACCCAUGCCCCUUAGGAAAGGUCCCUGGUCGUAUAUACCUGUCCUUUCUAUCCUCCAACCAUGGAUGAGUGAUAAAAUGAAAACAAGGAUAGAUUUUUAAGUGUGAAUCCCUCUCCUUCAUAGAACCCCAUGUGCUGAACUUGAAAAGCCCUGAGGGUUUAUGUAGUGAGGAAAGUGUGUUUAGGUAGGGAUAGUUCUAACACCUGUGUUCUGGCAGGCCAAUGAAGCUGACUUAGCAAGGAUAUGUGUGCUUCCCUCUAGUGGGGAUUCUAGGUCUUACUAACCUCCUGUGGUCUGUACAUUUACCCCUCAGUGCUUUAGAGGGACUAUUUAUCCCCAGUUUUGCCUUAUUUUUCACCAGUCUUUAUGGGAAGAUGGCACUUGGCCAAACCAAACAGAAAUCUUGGCUGAGGUCUCAGGGCCAGGAGGACUGUUACUUGUGGGCUGGGUAAGGGAGAAAAGGAAAACAGUCUCAGGGGUAUCACUGGCCAGCUCUCUUUCUGACUUGGCUUUUACUCCUUAUAAGUCAUGAUACCACUGGUGGGCUUCUGACUUUGGCUACCAGCAGUAAUUCAGAUAUUGUGCCCACAUUUAUUGCAAGAAUUUCCUGGAAAUGCUGUCAAAGAUCUCUUACCCCAGUCCUAUCUCCCCCAUUUUUUUUCUUUUUUUUUUUUUUUUUUGCUUUAAUGUACUCUUCAAUCACAUAGACAUAGUUACCAAAUCUGUUUGUGCUUUGUUUGGUCUCAGACAUGAAGUCCUCAGACAGUGGGGUGGUUCAGAAGCCUGGGGUGAUGCUUGCGAUUUGGGCUUACUGUACAGCCCUGAUAGUGGACUGCAGAGAUAGGUCUAGCAGGAUGAAUAUCCACAUGCUAUGGAUGUGGCUGUGUACAAAAAGCACAUUUGAAAUACUGCCCCUUUGGAAUCUGCUUUUACAUACAAAAACUUCUUUCUCUAGCCCAAGGAAAGACAGAGACAUAAGGAAAUAAAAGCAUUUGUCUUUGUUUUGGAAGUAAAAUUGUUCAAAUUGUGCAGCUGAUUGGUGAACAUUUAGAUGCAAUGUUUAUAGAAAGUUGAUUGUUAAUAAAAACCAA